AUGUCGGACUUGUAUGACGUUCUGGGCAUCGUGCGCGAGGCGGGGGACGACGCGAUUGCAAAGGCGUACCGUCGCCACUCGAUGGCGUUCAACCCGCAGUGCAACCCCGACCACCCCGACCCAAAGACGCUGGAGAAACAGUUCAAGCACGUCUCGCAGGCGUACGUCGUGCUGUCGAACCCAAAGGCACGCGCUAUCUACGACAUGUACGGCGAGGAGGGCGUGCGGCAUGGCGGCACCGGGCAGCAGGGGAUUCCCAACGGGAUUGACAUCGACGCAGUCGACCCGUACGCUGUGUUCCGCCGCUUCUUCGGCGUGGAGAACCCGUUCGAGGUGAUUGGCGAUGUCAGUGGGCUGCGUAACAACCGGCACGAGUUUUUCAGCAGCACCGCCGUCAUCCCAAAGAACCUCGUGAAGGUGCCGCCGAUCGAAGUGCGGCUGCCCAUCACGCUGGAGGACGUCUUCUACGGCGCGGUGCGGCGUGCCACGUGGAAGAGCUGCCACGUGCGCCAGGGACAGGAGACCAUCACGGAGGAGUGCUUUGACCUCCGCGUGCGGAAGGGUGCGCACACCGGCGACAAGUUUAUUGUCGAUGGGAAGGGCAACUGGAAGGAGGGUUUCGCGCGCGGCGACGUUGUGGUGGUGCUGGAGCUGCUGCCGCACGACCGCUUUCGCCGCGAGGGCGACGACCUUGUGGUGGUGAUCCCGAUCACGCUUAGCGAAGCGCUCUGCGGCGUCACGCUGACGGUGCAGACGAUGGAGGGGAGCGAUAUCACGGUGCUCAUUGACGAGAUUGUGCACCCGAAGUACCGCCGCCGUGUUGUGGGCCAGGGGUUGACGCGCAGCGAGGACCCCUCGAACCCGCGCGGUGACCUCAUCGUGGAGUGUGACACGAAGUUUCCUGGCUUCCUGACGCUGGAACAGAAGUCCGAAUUGCGCCGCAUUCUGGAAGCAAAGUGA